AUGCAACCAACAAGGAGAAGCUCGCGGCUCAUGAAACUGAAGAAUGUCGAGUCUACUCCGAUGAACCCGCUCGACCUCUCUUCUGGGUCAUCCUCGGGCAAGCGGAGCCGCCGUCGCGUCUCAGCUGGUGACACUGCCCCUCUACCCCCGAACAACGCGCUUGAAGUCGAGUCUCUCUCGGAUGGGGAAUCCUCAGACGAUCAUUCCGCCGAAGCUCCGAUGGCAGAAGACACUCCUCCGAAUCGCUCCAAAGAACAGAGAUUUGAGGAGAGUCGGAGUGUAUAUCAAACUAAAGCUCAGUUCUAUCCAGAGCUUAUGCGACCUUCAAGGAGGCCAAUGACUGAACGGUUCUUCUCAAUCGAGGCGACUGAGCGUUUCAGAGAGCUCCGAAGGCGGAAUUUCAUUCCACAGCAGUCUAUCUCUCUCACGGACGAGAAUCUCUCGGAUGUCAGAAAUAUUGUGAUUGGGGCAGGACUGAUUCAUACCCUCACUGAUCUCGAUCCUUAUCAGCCCAAUGUAAUCUGGGAAUUCCUUGCUAAUCUUCCGGAAGCUGAGGAAAGAGACGAUGGUGUAGCGGUGUAUGUUCGAGGAUCGCUUGUUGAAUUCUCUCCAAGUCUGAUUAAUUCGAUGUAUUGCAUUCCGGGGUUUGAAGAAGAUCCUAACUGGAUGGAUGAACGUCUUGAUGAAGUUUGUGGCUUUCUCACAGAUGGGCGAAUAAGACGAGGUGAGAACAUGAGUUCAAAGUAUCUCACAGCUACGAAUCAGGUUCUGUAUAAGCUCGUCUGCUCGAAUUGGAUUCCCACCAGGAACUACACUUCAAUGAACCAAAGGCGACUCAGGUUCGUCUACAUGCUUCAUCAUCAUGAUGGAUUUGACUUCGGGAAACUCGUCUAUGAUCAGAUAGUAGCAAUGGCAGCGAACACUCUGACAGAGAAGACUCGGUGUAUCAUGUUCCCUAACUUGAUUCAGCAGGUCAUCCAUUUUCAGAGAACUAUAACUCCUGACUUGCUUCAUGAUGAGUGCACUGGAACACCGAAGCUUGUUGUCAAGGAUGUUAAGGCUGGUCGUGGGUCUGGAGCAGACUCAAGUGCUGCUAGCCUUGAGGACGACAUCAAUCGCGCUAUUACGGGACUCAAAGCCAUUCGAGUUCGCCUGAGGAGGGGAGACUAUGAGCAGCAUGUUCCUCAUCCAGGGUUUGAAGAAAACGAUGAGCAGGAUGAAGAUGAGGAAGACGCGUAG